AUGAUUGAUGAAUUAUACAAGGAGGUGGUCAAAGUGGUCGAUGAAGCCAGGAAGUGCUAUGCCGAAGGCUUAACAGAAUGGUUCAACGAUGACGAAUUUGCCCAGAUGAUGCUCCUCGAUGGCUGCUUCAUCCUUCAGUACAUUUGCAGCAUCGUGAAUGAAAGUCACAUAGUUUUGAAGAUAAUCCACCAGGCUCCUUUGGUGCGGCGAGACUUGUUCUUGUUGGAGAAUCAACUUCCUUUCAUAGUUCUCCAAGUCCUAAUGCUCUUGAGAUUUGAAAAUCUUGAUGGGGAAAACAUGAUCACUGUUUUCAUCAAGCGUGUAAGAGAUGUGAAGGUGUUGAGGUCCAAAGGUAUAUUGCUCAACUUUUUUGGUAGUGACCAGCAAGUGGCUGAUAUUUUCAAUGAGAUAGCAACUGAGUUGGUUCCAAGCCCUCAUGCUUAUGUUGAAGUGAAAACAAGAAUUGAAAAGCAUCAUAGAAAUAGCAUGAAGAUUUGGAUGGCAGAGUGGCACCAUACAUAUUUUAGGAGCCCUCGGACUUUCAUUGCUAUCGCUGCUGCAAUUUUGGCUAUUACUUUGAGUGUUUUUCAGACUAUCCUUGCAUCAAUUCAGACUAAACUCACGGCCCACCCACCAAAAGGUUGA